GGACAUAUGAAAAUUAAACCAACCGUAUUUUCUAUAUUUAAAAAUUUAUAGUAGUAACAAUUCUUCAAAUUAAUUUUCAAUUAAAUUCAAGGCAUGUUUCUCGCUAAAGGAAUGGAAACUUAUUUUACUUGUAAUCUCACGCUCCAACUCCAGUAGUUCUAAGCAGCCUAUAUACUAUCCUCAGGAAAAAUUUGGAGGAAAAAAUGUGAACUAUUUACGAAAGAGAGAUGCUCCGCGUCGCUCCAGAUCCAGAUGAUUAUGGCCAAGCGGAAGCUGUGUGGAGAGCAAGGAAAGGAGUUUAGGAGUCGAGCCGAAAUUAACCAGGAGGAGGAAGUGCUUACAGGGACUAAGCAACUCCCGUCGUUACUUCCCUGUUUUGUUUCCUUUGUAUUUGAAGAUGGCUCGGCUGUAUCAGUGACGUCACCGGCAUUGGCGGGAGAAGGAGGGAGCGUGGUAAAAACUUUGAAUUGCAUAAUAUGGCUAAAUGUUUAGGGAAUGAAUGAAAUUACGGAAAUUACGUCCUCGGCGCUUGGGAAAGGAAAAUAAGCGCAAAUAUGGUGCCGUUUUUGGGGAUUUUAAGAGGAAUUUUAAUUAAUUUCCACGCAAAAUCCUUUAUCACAAACAAACAGAUUAGGUUAUUUUCUGCACUUUCACGGAAUCGAAUGGAGUGACUGCAGAGGAAAAUGAGGAAUUUAUUUAGUAAGUAUUAAUGAGGUGGAUCAAAUGUUUUAGUCUCUGUAAUAAUUACAGCUUAAACAUUUUACACCUAAUUUCUUUCCAAUUUAUUUUCAUUGAGUAUUCUAAGUGACUCUUAGAAGGUUACUAUUUUAAUUAACUAAUUAUAUGAGAUGUUUUCUUUUUCUCAAUAACAGAAACAUAAUUUCCUCGUAUUUAAAGUUGCCAAGAGGUUAUUAACUAACCAUUACAGAAUAUUUUUCCCCAUCAUAUUUUGAUUUUCUGUAACCUGCCCAUUAAAUAUCAGUCAAGUCUAAAUCACUUUAGCUGUGGCACUUGAAGCUCAAACAUGAAUUUCCUUUGGUCCUUCCUGUUCUUCGCCGCAUUCUGCGCAGAGAGCACAUGGGUGAAAGUGGCUGCUAACCCCUUCGUUGACCGGCAGCUGAUUUUGAAGGACAGAAUCAUCGGCGGUACGGAUGCACGCGAAGGGGAAGUUCCGUGGCAGGUUUCUCUCCAUCAUGUUCGAUACGGCUUCUAUUGCGGUGGGACGAUAGUCGACAGGAAUUUCAUUAUCACAGCUGCACACUGCUCUAAAUAUGACCGUAAAGACGUCUUUGUUUUCGCCGGCUCGAUUCACAAGGACACCGGCGAUAGAUAUGACGUCAGCUUGAUCGUGGUUCACCCUCGCUAUGAUCUUUCGUCCCAAAAGGUCCAAGCCAACGAUAUUGCAGUUUGGAAGAUGAAGUCACCCUUCAGUUGGAGCGAAAAUAUUAAACCCGCGGGGAUUUCAUUCAGCAGAAGGGUAGAGGACGGGUGGCUCAUGACUGUCUCAGGAUGGGGAAAGACUAAAAACUCAUGGGACGCAAUGCCAUCUAAUUACCUGAAGAAAGCAGAAGUGCGAAUCGUAAACAGGGAGGAAUGCAGAGCGCGUUAUCAAAAUGUUUUUGGAGUAGACAUCCCUGAGAACACUGUUUGUGCUGGUGGCGAAGGAAAGGAUACGUGCAACGGCGACUCAGGUGGUCCCCUGGUCAAGGAUGGCGUGCUGUACGGCGUUGUUUCAUUUGGAGUUGGUACAGCUUGCGGUUUUUUACCGGGUGGGUACACCGAAGUUGCACUAUUAUUCCCCAAUUAAUGGAUCAACAGCUUGAUCACCGAGGACAAUGAAUAAUGUAUACUUGAAAGUUUUAAUAAAGUACAAAC